AUGGAGAAGUUCCAGCACCUUUUGCAAGAACAAGAGGAUCAAUUGAACCGGGCAGCUGCCCUCUCCAACCUUCAACCCAAGCUUGAAGCGGAGAAGGUCGAAAAUCUUAGUUUGAAAGCUGAGUUGGCCGGAAUGGUUGAAAAGAACCGGCUCCUGGAAGCGGAUAAGGUCGGCCUUAGCCAAGACAAUGCCCGUUUUGCUUCGAGGCUCGGUGAACUCGAGGCCACUAUUUCCCAACUCCGAAGUGAGCUCGAUUCGGUCAAGACUGAUGCCGUGAAGUUGGCCGAGAGGCAUAGGCUGCUUGAAUCCGAGAAUGCUGAGUAUAAGGAGAAGUUGAGGAUAUUUGAACAGAAAGCCGAGGAUAGGGCCUGGAUAUGCGACGAGCUCAAAAUUAAAUUCGAGGAGACAGCCGAGGCUAAUGACAUUCUAAAGGCUGAGCUUGAGUCGGCUACUCAAGUUCAAAGAAUUCUCGAUGAAGAGAGGUCGAAAUUAGUGGCUAAAUUGGCCAAAGCUGAGGCCGACUUGGAGGAGUCUCUUAAGAAUGUGGAGGCUGUCGAGGCUCAUACAACGAUUGCGGUUGCAUAUGAACGGUGGAAGUCCCGGAGGGUUACCCUUUAA